GCAUUUAAUAGACAUUCGCUCAUUUUACUUUAGUCAACGAAACGAACGAGAAGCGAGCGUCGCGCGCAAGAAAAAACAGAAACCGAAACUGAAACGGAAACAAACGCAGAAAAACGUAGAAAAAACCGUUGAAAGCCAAAAAGCCAAUUAAUUACUACAAUUGUUGAAUUUUUAGCCAAAAAAAAAAAAACGUGCAGUGUCUUUUUUUCGUGUGUGACGACAGCGACUUCUUCAAUAUUAUAUAAUAAUAAAAAUAAAAAUAAUUAUUUGCAUCAUAAUAAAACGAUUUCCAACGAAUUCGAACGAAAAUCGCAAAAGUUAAACAAAACUUUUUGCCAAUUAACGAACAAUUAAACGAACACUCUAUUUGUUAUCAGUAUUCUAUGCAUACAAAAUAAAAAAUACAAAUAAAAACGAACAACGAACCAUAAUAAAGCAGAAACCUGAAAAGAUUAUUUUUGGGACAAGCGUGAAAAAUAUUAAAGCAAAGUUCAGUUUAGUCUGUUUAGACUGCCAAGCGUGUGAACCAAGCAAAAAUAAAUAAGAAAAUUAUAAAAAUAUAAAUAAAUAAAUACAAUUCAUAAAUCACAUAAAUCUUGAAAGAAUUUGCAAGUGCGCGUGCUAAAUAAAAAGGGAACAGAUACAAACAUAACAGAUACUCAGAUACUUUUGUAUCUACGUGUAUAUGUGUGCAUGUGUUUAUACAUAUGUGUGUCUCUGUGAAUGUAUAUGUCUCUGCUGAUAAGGCCUUUAGUUAGUAUGCCAGCGACAAGCUAAGCGGCGUAUACGUAAUAUUCAAUUUUUAAUUGAAAAAAAAGGAAACUUUGCUGAAAAAUAAAAAGGAAUUUCCAGAAAACUCUCGAGCUAAAGUUCAAGUUGUAAACAGCAGCAGCAGCAGCACAACGACGCGUGUUGAGAAGAAAUCACAGCGUUUGCAUCACAUCACAUCCUCGUUAUCAUCCACAACACAAGCGUCUUCAUCGUCAUCUUCAUCGUCUUCCUCGUCAAGUUCUUCGGAAAUGAAGGCCGCCGCCGUUAAGCGCGAUCUCACAGAUUUUAAAAUGUCCAUGUCGGAAUUAGACCGUCUCACAGCGGCCCCAACGCCGGCACGACACCAUCCAUCGAUUGACGACCUCAAGGGCCUUAGCAGUGAAGACACAAUAUCGGUGCUAAAAAAGAAAAUGCGGGCCUCACUUGAGAAUCUGGUUGAUGGCGAUGAUGAUGGCAGUUGCCAUGGGAUUGUGACGAGUCCCGAUGACGAUGAUGACUGCACACACAAACAUUUUGGCGGCUUGGAUCUCACACAUCCGUCAGCUGCACAAUUGAGUGCCAGCAGUGGUUUGAGUGGCUCGAAUAAAACCAUCGAUACCAUCAAGUUUGAGGAGAAGCGUUCCAAAUCGAUGGCAACCACUAAAGUGGUCGCCGAUGGCUUUAGUUCCGAACAGGCGACCAGCAAUUCCGCAGAGACGAAACGCUUGCAAGCGGGCGAUAUUGAUUACAAAGAGGCUAAGGCUGUGUCAGCGGUUAGAAAUCGACUGGAAAUGGAUGGCGUCAAGACCGAGGAGAAGGCAGCCGUCAUGCAGGAAGCACUCUCGCUGCGCACCGGCGACAUCACGCAACAGGCGAGCAACAAGGUAGCCGCUGCAGCUAUUAAAGUGCAGAGCGACAAUUUCUCGGCCGACAAAAAAGCCAUUUCGCAGUCGCAGCAAUCACAGAUGAUGACCUCGAAUGGCAUCAUUAGCCAGGAGAAGCAUGUGUCAUCCGCAUCGCAGGCGAACUAUUCGAUGACACACAAAGGUGUAUCCAGCACGGGCAGCAGCAUGAUCUCUUCCUCCUCGCAAAUGUCUGCCACAAAUGGACAAAUGGUCAAGCUAAAGGAUCUCAAGCUCGACGAUCUAAAGUCAUUGACGGCUACCAGUGGACAGCAGGAAAUCGAGCAGGCCAUCUCCAAGUAUUCCAAUGUGCUCAAAUCCUUUGUCAGCACACUUCAGGACGAUGACAGUCUGGUGAAUGGAGGGGGCGACAAGAAGAGUGUGUAUCUGCAGAAGAUCAACGAGGUGAUAAAACGUGCCUGGGCAGUGCCCACACAUGGUCACGAGCUGGGCUACUCGUUGUGCAAUUCCCUGCGCCUCAGUGGAGGUCUUGAUCUGCUGAUGAAGAACUGCGUUCAGCAUAAUAUCGAAUUGCAAUUCUCAUCGGCACAGUUGUUGGAACAAUGUCUGACGACAGAGAAUCGAUCGCAUGUGGUGGACAAUGGUCUGGAUCGAGUGGUGAAUGUUGCCUGCGUUUGCACCAAGGAAUCAAAUAUGGAACAUUCACGCGUGGGCACCGGCAUCUUGGAGCAUCUCUUCAAGCAUUCCGAGGGCACCUGUUCCGAUGUUAUACGUCUGGGUGGACUCGAUGCACUGCUAUUUAAAUGCCGCACAAGCGAUGUGGAGACACUGCGUCAUUGUGCCAGCGCCUUGGUGAAUCUAUCGCUAUAUGGUGGUGCCGAGAAUCAGGAGGAGAUGAUUGUCAGAAAGGUGCCCAUGUGGCUGUUCCCCUUGGCCUUCCACAACGAUGAUAAUAUCAAGUACUACGCCUGUUUGGCCAUUGCCGUGCUCGUUGCCAACAAGGAGAUUGAGGCGGAGGUGCUUAAGUCAGGUUGUCUGGAUCUCGUCGAGCCCUUUGUGACCACCCAUGAUCCGUAUGAGUUUGCCAAAUCCAAUCUGGCGCAUGCUCACGGCCAGAGCAAACAUUGGCUGGAACGUUUGGUUCCCGUUCUCAGCUCCAAUCGGGAGGAGGCACGUAAUCUGGCUGCCUUCCAUUUCUGCAUGGAGGCGGGCAUCAAACGGAAGCAGGGAAACACAGACAUCUUCCAUGAAAUUGGCGCCAUCGAGGCUCUCAAAACUGUGGCCAGUUGCCCCAAUGCCAUUGCCUCCAAGUUUGCGGCGCAGGCGCUGCGUCUCAUCGGUGAAACGGUGCCCCACAAAUUGUCGCAGCAGGUGCCUCUCUGGUCCGUCGAGGAUGUCCAGGAGUGGGUCAAGCAGAUUGGCUUCAACAGCUAUCUGCGUCAGUUUGAGGACUCACAGGUGGAUGGUGAUCUGCUGCUCAAACUGAACCAGGAGAAUUUGCGGGAUGACAUUGGCAUCGGCAAUGGGAUUCUUCUUAAGCGUUUUGAACGCGAACUCCAAAAUCUCAAACGCAUGGCAGACUAUUCCUCCAAGGAUACGGCGAAAAUGCAUCAGUUUCUGGCCGAGAUCGGCACCGAUUACUGCACCUACACCUAUGCCAUGCUCAAUGCCGGCAUCGAUAAGUGCACUUUGCCCCAUGUCAACGAGGAUAUGCUGAUGACAGAGUGCGGCAUCAAGAAUGCCAUUCAUCGUCUGCGCAUUCUCAACUCCGUCAAGAAUCUGGAAAACUCCCUGCCCAGCUCAUCCGAGGAGAACAUGGCCAAGACACUCGAUGUCUUUGUCAGCUACAGACGCUCCAAUGGCUCACAGCUGGCCAGUUUGCUAAAGGUGCAUCUUCAGCUGCGUGGUUUCUCAGUGUUUAUCGAUGUGGAGCGCCUGGAGGCGGGCAAAUUUGAUAAUGGCCUUCUCAACAGUAUUCGACAGGCAAAGAACUUUGUCUUAGUAUUAACCCCGGAUGCACUGCAUCGCUGCAUCAACGAUGAUGAGUGCAAGGAUUGGGUGCAUCGCGAAAUUGUGGCAGCUCUGAACUCCAAUUGCAACAUCAUACCCAUUAUGGAUCAGCAUUUUAAUUGGCCAGAGAAUCUACCGGAGGAUAUGUGCAGUGUGGCGCACUUUAAUGGCGUCAAUUGGAUACAUGAUUAUCAGGAUGCGUGCAUCGAUAAGCUCGAAAGAUUUUUGCGCGGCGAAAAGAAUAUCGAUAGAAUUGCGGCAAUGGCGCCUGGUACUCCUGUCGUCGCGUCGUACCAAAGAAUGCACAGCAACGAUUCCGACUAUCAAGGAGGCGGUGGAGGAGGAGGAGGCGGUGUCAAUGGAAGUGGAUCAGGUGUUGGCGGUGGCGGUGGCGCAGGCAGUGUGGUGGAUAGCCUAAUGGCGGCAAAUGGCAACGGACAAGCUAAUCACCAGGCAAAUAGAUACCGGCAAUCCCCCUCACCCGCCCGUCAACGUGGCAGCACCUCUCUCCUGAGUUAUGGACGCGCUCCGUCGACAGCGAAACGUUCGAAUAUCUUGCCUCCCUAUCGCACACAGCAGACAGCAUUGCUGCAUAAAUCCGGAGCAGGUUCCGCCUCAAUGCAGAAUAUGAUGCCACUGGCUUACUUGCCACCAAGACGCAGAUCCGCAGCGGGUUUGGGACACAAUGCGAAUGGUGUGGCGAAUGGCUAUCGAUCGCAUAGUGUGGACGGAUUAUUGGAUCAGGCGGCGGCGGCGGCGGCGUCGAGUAGUCAGGAUAGUUUGAGUACGCCGGAGCAGAGAAUUGCUGCAGCGGCAGCGGUUGUGGCAGCUGGCAGCACAGCACUGACCAAUGCCAGUUCCACUAGCACAUUGCAGCCGGAGGAGGAUGAACUGGAGACGGAGGCGACGGCGACGGCGGAGAAUCUUGGUCAUGUGACGCGACGGGAGAAAGAGCAACUGGCACCGCCAAAUGUGCAACAGCAUCGCAAAUCGCGCAGCUUGGAUCACAUACUGUCCAAGCAAACGCUGACGGAACUCUUGGCACCCAGUGAAUUCACCGAUGAGACGCAAUCGAUGCAGAACUUGGCAGUGCCAUUGACACCGCAACCACAACGCCGAGAUGCCAGCUCCUCAUCCAAAUCACCGACUCCAGAGCGACCAAGUGUCGCGUUCAGUCGCCAGAGUCCGGAUGGCGUUAGUUCCACGGAGAGCGAGCGAGAGGAUACACAAUCGCAGAUCUCGUCCCAGUCGCAUGGCAAUCAACAGCGUGCAUCGGCGCAUGUGCAUCGCGGUGGCGGAUUGAACAGCAAUAAGACGUCCAAUUCAUCGCUGGGAUCGAACAAUAGUGCCAACAAUAAGACGAUAUUUAAUCGUACGAUGAAAAAAGUGCGAUCACUGAUCAAAAACAACGAAUUGGAGGACGAGGAACUUUCGGAUAUAAUCCUCUCGAAGGCAACGUCUCCCAAUGCGGGACGAAUGAUAUUUUGGUAGAAAUAUAUCACAAAUAUAAACAGAAUUUUGAACUUACCCGAAUUUUUCACAAACGAAGCUGUAAAUACAAAAACCAAACAAAAAACGAAUUAAAUACUCUACGAAUAA